AUGGAACCCAAUGCCUCUGCCUUCUUCUCGACUAUCAAUUUGGUGAAAACCAUCGUUGGUGCAGGAAUGCUAGCCGUUCCGUACGCGUUUCGCAGUGAUGGCAUUCUUGUAGGUGCUGUUUUGGUAUUCAUCGGUGCGAUCACAUCUGGAUUCGGACUGUUUUUGCUUGCCAAAUGCUCCAAGGCCCUCAAAGAGCCCAGAACAUCGUCGUUUUUCACGCUCUGCUCAAUAACGUAUCCAUCUCUUUCGCUGCUAUUCGACUUUUCUAUGUUCGUGCAGUGCUACGGUGUGGGCUUGAGCUAUUUGGUGCUGGUGGGUGACCUUUUACCCGGGAUUUUGGGAGGUACGCGCAACGGCUGGAUUUUGGGCAGCGCAGUAGUCAUUGUUCCCCUGGUGCUUCUCAAAAAACUCGAUAGUCUCAAAUACUCUAGUGUUUUGGGACUUUUCGCCAUCGCAUACCUGGUGUGUCUUAUCUUGGGCUCAUUUGUGGAAAAUACGCUUCUCACUGACAAUUAUAAACAAAUUAGAGGUGAUGUUUCGUGGAUUGACGUAUACGAUCUAAAGGGCAUGAUCAGCACAUUCACAAUCGUGAUAUUUGCGUUCACUGGAUCCAUGAAUAUGUUCAGCAUCGUCAAUGAAUUAAAGGACAAUAGUUUGUCCAAUAUCAAUAAAGUGGUAUCCACAUCCAUGAUAAUCUCAUGUGUUUUGUUUCUCAGUGUAGGGGUUUGCGGAUAUCUCACUUUUGGAAGCAAUGUGUCCGGAAACAUCAUGCUAGAUUACAAUCCCGAAUCGCACUGGACCGUGAUAGGGAAAAUGUGUCUAGGUGCGGUUGUCAUACUUUCAUUUCCUCUUCUUUUCUACCCCUGUCGAAUUGCAGCAAACAACAUGGUCCACUGGAUUCGCAUCACUUACGUUGAGUUUGAGGAAGAACCGAUUGACGACGGUGAAAACAAUGACCCAACGGCCCCAAUAACCAUGGUCAUAGAAGAUGAAGAAGAUAGGCUAUUGUUGGGUGCCGAUAACUCUUACCAGGCUACAUCGUGUCAAGAUACUUCACACGAUUUGGAGGAAAAUGCUCUGAAUGUUCCAAAGCCUACAGACACCGUUCCUUUUUCUGAUAAAUCCUUCUAUAUCACAACUGCUAUUUUGAUUACUUCGCUGUAUUUGUUGGCUCUCAAAGUGACAUCUUUCGCGCUCGUGCUUGGGUUGGUUGGUGCGACUGGCUCGACCUCCAUCUCUUUCACCCUUCCAGGACUUUUCGGCUACAAAUUAAUUGGAGCGGAGGCUGCAAAGCAUGGUCAACUGAUGUCUAAAGCAGAUCGGAUCACCAAACACUGCAGCCUGCUACUAACAGUAUUUGGACUCGCAGUUACGUGCUUGUCCCUGUACGUGACCUUGUUUUUCGGAGUGUAA